UGCCUUUUUUCCGCCUUUUACUGAAGCGUAGAAAAUUCGCGUAAAUCGCUCGAGGCACGUUAGCGUGACGUGCACGCGUACACGGCUCAUCACGUCACGCGACGUUGAGACAUGUGACCCGUUUAAAGUUUCACCGUGCGUGCAAUUACCGUGCGAGCGCCGCGCUCGCGAUAUUCUUGCGCGCAGUUGGUUCUCCGAGCCUCCCACUACGUCGCACCUGCGAAUCCAUCAGACGAAACAAUAGACCGUAGGUUAUGUCGCCGUGUUUAUACUCGCUGUGAUCCCGCGGGUUCAGAGUAUUCGGAGUACACGCGGCGCUUCGUGUCCGCGCGCGCGUACGAUCUGUCAUCGCCAGUCAUCGCGGCCAAUCGCGGCGGAUCUAAUAGGAGAUCGCAUGGGCAAAAUAUGAGAAGGAUCACGUCGAGACAUCAAUUGGGACAUAGGCCAGAAAAUCGGCAGCCGUGCUACUGCGUCGUGUUCGCGAGUUAAUUCGAUAACAGCCCAAGGACAGCUGUGUUAUGAGUGUUGGUUUAUCCAUGUACGAUGGCUUGGAGAGUGGCCUGGAGAACGAGAGUCCUGCUGAUAAUGGCUUGGACAGCACUACGGGUGCUACAAAAAAACUGGCUAGAGGUAUCUCCCGUGCAACUGAAAAUGCAGCAAUUGUUUCCUAUGCUCGUUUACAAUUGGCAGCCUUAGGAACACUCGAUACACCAGAAUUCACAUUUUCAUUGCCAGACUUGUCUAUAUAUCCAGAUUCGUUUCGUAAAUUCUUGGAGAAGGAUCUGAUAGAGAAUGGAUGCUUGAAUUCUUUAGAAGCUGCAGGUCGAUUAAACUGGUGGUACAAAAGUGGAAGCACUAGAAUUCUUUGGCCACUAGCAACAUCUGGAGAUGGCAAUUGUCUACUUCACGCUGCUUCAUUGGGAAUGUGGGGCUUUCAUGAUAGAUUACUUACACUGCGAGAGGCAUUGCAUAAUACUUUGACCAAAGGAGAAUACAGACAUGCAAUUUUCAGACGAUGGAAGUGGAGACAAAUGAGUCUAAAUGAAGCGGCUGGAUUAUCAUAUACGGAAGCGGAAUGGUUAUCAGAAUGGCAAAGUAUAGUGGAUAUGGCAUCUCCUACAAUCAGAAAUCAGACUGCUACCUCUUAUCAGAGUCUCGAAGAAAUACACGUGUUAACCUUGGCUCAUAUCUUAAGAAGACCUAUAAUAGUUAUAGCAGAAACUAUGCUGAAGGAUGCGGAUGGAGUAGCUUUAGCACCGAUCCCAUUCGGUGGGGUGUAUUUACCUCUGGAAGUACCGCCUUCGCAUUGUCACAGAACACCCUUACUCUUGGCAUAUCAUUCUGCUCAUUUCUCCCCACUUGUAACUGUAGAUGGCUGCAAUGAUUAUGGCAGCGCUUGCGGUGAAGGAGUUAGUAUACCAUUAGUAGAUCCAGACACAGGCAAACUGUUACCAGUCUUAUUUGCCGUGGAUCCUGGUCCUGAUUGGGAUUGGAUUGAUGGUUCACGAGAAUUGUUAACUUGUACGCAGGAUACCAUGGAGACUUUGUUGCGACAGUAUUUAGAUUGCGAGUAUCAAAGUUUCAUGUCCGAAGAUAUCGACAGGCUUUCUGAUUCCGAUGGUUCUUUGUCAAAAACCGCGAAGCAAUUGUUAGAGGUCGCGAAACAAUUCGGUUCUAUCGGUAAAUCUGUCAGUAAAAAAAUAUGGUCUAUGACGAACAAAAGGUCAAAGAGCCCGCCUUCUACCAGCGGUGGAAUUUCGACAGAAGGCUUGUUGUGUGUAAGAAUAAAGAGUAGACGUCAUCAGUAUGUGGAUCAAAUGCUUCAAAAUUAUCUUCAGUGUGCUCAUGCAAGAUAUCUACAAGAUCAUCAGGUGGAUGACACAGGUAGUGAACUAAAUUACGGUGCCGGCAAGUCCAAAUUUUACGCUGCCAGUGAUCGCGAUAGUCAUGCGAGCGUUAACAAACUAUUACCUACUAAUACAAACAAAAAUCAUACGCUUUAUCUUUCGAGAUCUACAUUUUUUAUUGAUAAAACUCCAUCAAAUAAUACGGGGCCAGAGAUUUGGAAUAGUGACCAUUUAAAGGGCACCGUGAAGGAGUGCCGCAGUGAACACUGCCAAUUCUUUGGAUCGCCAGAAAACCAAUAUUAUUGCUCGCAGUGCUGGGCUCAUCAACAGUCUCGUUAAACAACCGUCCGUAAUCGUACAUGACAAUAAUUCUAUUUAAUAUCGUUCAAAAUAAGCUAUUAAAUAAUUUUUAGACAUAAUGCUAGCCGUAAGAUAAAGUUUGUGAAUGUCCCACCAACAUAUCGUCGAUAAUAUUAUGUUGUUUUCAGUUUUGUUUCUUCUCAUGUUUUCUUGUAUUUAUUAACAUUUUCUAUCAGAAAGCUGCAUAUCGUGUGCACAGGAUUCAAUUAAUCGUUAUACUGACUCAUUAUGAAGCGUGUUUAUUAUAGCAUUUUCGUUUAAAAUUUAAAAAAAUUGUGUAUUUUUAUUCGAAGAACAAAGUUGUUUUGCAAUUUCGAUGUGCCUUCUGUCUUAUAUGCGCGGAACAAAAAAUGAUGAUCUACAUUAUGAUAAAAACGUUCACUCACAACUACCUCUACAAUUCGAUUAUAAUGAUCAGCAAUUCGCGAUUUCUUUUUGUAUUGAUAAAAGAUACGUUUGUAACGUUGGAAACGUUUAUAAUCUCAUUAUCCUGUGCAUGUACAGCUGUGUGAAGAAUAAAUCAUAUUUUUAUAUUUAUCGAUGUGCGGAAUAUAAUAGUAAUUAAGAAGAUACACAAAAAGCCCAGUUUUUGCCAUAAUAAAAUGUAUUUACACAUAUUUCCUCACAUUAGCCUAUCAUCAUGUGAAAAAGGUAAUUAAUAGUAAAUGAUUAACAUUACCUGACAUUAUUACCCAUAUUCACUAAAUUAUCGACAAAGCAUAUGUGAUAGUAUUACGCUAAUUUUAUUAAUAUCUGUACGAAGAAAAACUUUUAUGUACAAAAAAGAGAAGGAAAGAAUUAUGCAGUAUAUAAAUUAUUUUUUUUUUGUCAGUACUUUGUAUGUUUUCUAUUAUUAUAAAUAGCUAUAUAAGAAAAACAUGAAAUAAGAAAAGAUUUUACAGUACGUCGAAGGAACUAGAGAAUAUUCACUUCAGCUACGAUAUUACUACAAGCGCAGAGUAUAUGCUUAGCUAUUGGGAUUUAAAAAUGUUCUCUUGCUUUCAUUUUAUCAUUUAAACACUUUCAACAUAUUGGUCUUUCAAUGAAAUAACUAUAAAGAAAUAAGUAAAAGAGUACCACCUAUAUAUUUUGUGUCAUUAAAAUUGAGUUUCACGUAUUUACUAUUUACAAUUUCAGUCAUACGAGCGCAGAUACAGUAUCAGAAUUAGUUUUGUAUCCAAUAUACCUUUCACUUAAGUAGUAAGCUUACAUUUAAUCAAUUUCAUCUAGAAAGUUUUAGUUCCUCUUAUGAAAGAUGAUAGCAAAAGAGAGAUCUUUAAGAAAAUUAUAUAAACUAAAGUAACUUUGAUGGCUGUAGUAUUAUGCGCGUAUAAGUUUCAUCAUAAAUUCUUCUUUUCAAGAUUUUCAUUUAAUAUCAUUUAUAAUUAAAAUUAAAAUGUAGCAAAAGUUAUUCAUUUUUAAAGCCAUGAAUGAGUUUAUCAUUCAGACCCGCGAAGAAAUAAAAACAUGAUUAUUGUUAAUUUCAUUUUGUAAUUCAGUAAAAUAAUACGGCGAAAAUAUCAGUAUGAUUACAUCGAUAUAUGGAUGUACAUACAUAUAAAUAUAAUUAAUGAUAUUAAUGUAUAACAUGAAUCCUAGUGUGUGAGAUGCAAAAUUUAUUACUGAUAAUUUUUUAACAGGUCUUCUUCGGCAGCUUAUUUUCUCUUACACUAAAUUGAAUUCUUCCCCUGACAAUUUUUUUUUCUUUUGUGUCAUCGUAACAUAAAUAAUUAUUCAAAACAAUGCAAAUUUUAUAUAUAGAUAUUAUACUUAGGAUCAAUUGAUGUACCCAUUUACAACUUUAAACAAGAUGUGAAACUAGAUGUCCAAUAUAAAAAAAAAUCAAUCGUGUACUUAUAGUACUUACGUAUGAUUAUUUUUAUCGAACGUUUGUCAUUGUAAGGUAAAUCAAUUGGUCCGUUCCUAUUUAAAAGAUCAAAGUGCCAGCCACAACACAACAAGCAAAGUGCUCCUAUCCAUAGUACUUAUAUCCAUACUUGCGCGCGCGCAUGCGCGCCGUAGCAUAUUGCUUAAGUUAAAGAGCUUGUAAACACGGAAUUCUCCAUACAGCUAUUAACAUUCCAAUCUUUCUAUUAACUCUCGCCCAGCAAAAACUGGUAUCAUUCUCAAUUAGUUUCAUUAAUUUUAUACAAAUUUCUUUAAUGAGUUUCUAUAAAGUAUUGUAUUAAAUAUUUGUGUUGUAAUACCUGUACCGCAUAUUUGUGUAAUACAUAUAACAAAUAUAGCUUAACAUAUAUGUUCAAUAUAUUAUACAAGCAAUGUGAAGAAUUAAAUUUUUUAAACACGCGCCAUAAUAAAAUAAAAAUUUUCAUUACAUAAUGAUACAAUUUUCGCUGUCCAACAAAUACUUCGAUAGUGCGAGAGUUAAAGAAUAUUAUCUUUCAUAAACCAUCGUUAAACAGAAAAUCUUAUUCAAUAAUAGACCUUUUAGAAAUUAUAAAAAUUUUUGUUUAUACAUAAAGUUUGAAUAGGCUAUACAUAUAGAUUUGUUUAAAAAAAAAAAACGUAAAUGACAAUGAUUGAUGAUGGCUUAAGAGAGACAUAUCCGUAAUCUU